UUUUUUUUUUGUUAAUAGUUGGAAAACAUGGAAAGACUGCUGAAGGAAACGAUUCAAGUGAAGGUAUUGGUAUGGAUGCCCUGAACAAGGCUUUAGGAAAAAAGGAUCACCACGGGCAUGUAAAAGGACUGGGAAGGUGUGGGGUUGGAGUUAGUCACACACAAGUAUUUUGGAAGGGACAUAGAAAGGGUAAAUCAUCCGGCCAAGGUGGAUGCUCAUUGGAAGAGUUAGAAUCAAUGAAAGCUACCCUAACUUAAGAAUUUGAGGCGAGGCUAGAUGAAAAGGUUGAAAAGAAGAUUGAAGAGAGGAUUCAAGAGAGGUUGAAUCAACGUAUGGCAAUGGAGGUGAAAGCUUAUCUCGCCAAUUUACUACCACAUAUGACCAGUGACGUGAAGGCAUUUCAAGGAAUGCAACUGAAGACGACCAUGGAGGCAACACAAAGCACUCGUGUGAUAGAGGUAGCCACUAAAUGUCACCUUGCAUUGAAAGAUGAGUACAAUCAAAAUUUAGUGGUUGUCGCUGAUGGAACGGUAUAUCCUGUUACCGGUGAAGUUACUCACAACCUGAAGAUGUUACCCGAUCAUUAUAGGGUUAGUGUGGACAACCCUUAUCCCGAUUGUGCCCUCCUCUAUAUAUCAGUACCUUCUGCCGAUGGUGUGACUAAGUUGGGUAAAGCCAAGUCAGCCUUUGAACUAUGGCCUGUUGUCAUGGUUUCACCAUCGCCCAAAAAGAAACAUAGAUCUACCCAUAGCAAAGAAGGGGACAAUAGUUGUGGCGUUAAAUCAAGGCAAUCUACCAUCAAACCCACAAAAUUCUAA